ACAUAAAGGUAGAGAAAGAAUUAAUGAUGGAUAAUCUUAGGAAAACACUUGGGAGUUUUGCAAUGGUAGCAUUAGUCUUUGUUGGUUUUAUUUUCAUUUAUAAUUGGUCCUUCUUAUCUUUCUCCACUCAAUUACUUCUAUCUCACAAUCAGCCACUCUGUCAGCACCAAUCAAACAUGAGCUCAAUUAUUAAUGAAGCAUAUGGAGAUGAUAUUGACACAGCUUUGGCCAAAGCUUCAAAGGGAAAAAACAAAACCGUGAUAAUAAUUGCUAUAGUAAAUAAGGCUUAUGUAGAACAAGAUGUAAAGGGUGAUGCAAUCACCAUGUUUGAUCUAUUUUUAAGCAGCUUUUGGCUUGGAGAAGGAACAAGGUCUUUGAUUGAUAAUCUUCUCGUUGUAGCCGUUGAUCAAACGUCCUACGAUCGAUGCGAGUUUUUGCGGUUGAAUUGCUUUAAAUUGGAAACUGAUGGUGUUGAUUUUGGAGGUGAAAAACUCUACAUGUCUCAAGAGUUCAUCAAGAUGAUGUGGAGAAGGACUUUUUUUCUUUUGGAAGUUCUAAAACGCGGUUACAACUUCAUUUUCACGGACACUGAUAUAAUGUGGUUAAGAAAUCCAUUUGAAAGGUUAAGCAAAGACAAAUCUGAAGACCUACAAAUAAGCACAGACAUAUACCUUGGUGAUCCUUGGUCAGAAAAACAUCUAAUCAAUACCGGUUUUUUCUUUGUGAGGUCAAACAAAAAAACCAUAUCCUUGUUUGAAACAUGGUAUGGUAAGAAAGACAAUUCCACAGGAAAAAAGGAACAAGAUGUGCUUAUUGACCUUAUUGGAGGUGGUAUAUUUGGACAUUUGGGUCUUAAGGUUAGGUUCUUAGAUACCCUCUAUUUUAGUGGAUUUUGCCAAGAUAGUAAAGAUUUCAAGUUAGUAACAAUUAUUCAUGCUAAUUGUUGUCGAAGUAUCACUGCAAAGGUAGCUGAUUUGAAAGCAACACUUCAUGAUUGGAAGAAAUUUAGGAAGUUAGAGGGUAAUUCUACAUUGAAUGUCAAUUGGUCAAGUCAUGAAUGGUGUUGGAUGUCUUGGGGAAGACCUAAUAGAACAAGGGGUUAAUCAUCAUAAUGAUAUAGUUGUUCAUUAAUUAGUUGAAUAAUUAUAUUUGCAUAUGCAAUUUCAUUUUGUGUACUCUAUCUAAAAUAGACAUUUGGUGGAUUAAAAGGGAACAUUUGAGCUUGUGAAACUUCUACAUAGAGAGAUUAAUAAAUUA